GACAAGCAGUCUGGAUUUUUUUCCGCCCUCUCUCUCGCUGCCAUUUGGUUUCACUUCAGAGACCGCGGGAAGCUGCGAGCAUCUUAAGGAGGAGUUGGCCGUUGUUCUAUGGAAGCUGAUUUUCCUCUUUCCACCAUCAUGCCUUGCCAAAACACCCAACAGCAGCAACAGCAACAGCAGCAGCAGCUCGGCAACUCGGAGCGGAGCCACACUCUGCCCAAGCAAGUGCGGUUCACGGCAACAGCAGCAGCAGCAUCAGCGGCGGCCAGCAGCGUGGAGCCCGAGCCACUGGCAGCGCAACUCAAGCUGCUGCCGAUGAACGACCAGAUCCGAGAGCUGCAGACCAUCAUCAGGGACAAAACAACAAGCAGAGGGGACUUUGUGUUCUGCGCCGAUCGAUUGAUCAGACUCGUUGUUGAAGAAGGACUGAACCAGCUGCCAUACACAGAAUGUACAGUCACUACCCCAACAGGUCAUAAAUACGACGGAGUGAAGUUUGAGAAGGGAAACUGUGGUGUUAGUAUUAUGAGAAGUGGUGAAGCCAUGGAGCAAGGUCUACGAGAUUGUUGUCGAUCAAUACGCAUUGGAAAAAUCCUAAUCCAAAGUGAUGAAGAGACACAGAGAGCAAAGGUCUACUAUGCAAAGUUUCCACCAGACAUCUACCGCAGGAAGGUGCUUCUAAUGUACCCGAUAUUGAGCACAGGUAACACAGUUAUAGAAGCUGUGAAGGUUCUGAUCGAGCAUGGAGUACAGCCAAACCAUAUCAUUCUACUCAGUCUUUUUUCAACUCCACAUGGUGCAAAGUCUAUAAUAGAAGAAUUCCCUGAGAUCACAAUUUUAGCAACAGAAGUCCAUCCUGUGGCACCCACCCAUUUUGGACAGAAGUAUUUCGGCACGGAUUGAAGCCAGGAUAAGAUCCAAGUGAAAUUGUUGAAUGCGUCGCUGCUUCCAUGGAUAAAGACCUAGUUUUAUCAGUAGGUGUGUUUCCCUCGCCAUCUCCCCACCCCAACUCUUUAUGGCAAGACAAAAUAACAACUAACCUAGCAUAGACAUCCAAGAACACUUGAUCUGAUUUUAUUUCUGCCUUAAGUUCUUUUGUCCGUUAUUUUUAUGAAAGGCGUCUAUUCUGAAAAGCACAUUCCACUUCCAUCAGUUAUUUGCACUGUGCUUGCAUGUGUACUUGCCAGUUCUUUUUAACAUAUUUAUUGUUUGCACUUAUAGCUAGUGCUUAAUUGUACCUUGAGCUAUAUUAAAUUUGUUUUGUUUUUUAAAAA